CAAGAGUAACCAGAGUCCACCGAUUUCUACUUGGAUAACCUUGUUGGUACAUUUUUUUUUUAUACGUAAUAAUAUUUCGCUUCCAUGUAUUUGCGUUGAAUUUUAAUUUCAAUGCAUGUUUUUUUGAAUAUUACGUAUCAUCGAGUGAUUGAGUUUGGUUCGAAUAUUACUACGGAGUAAUUUAUGGCUGUUCUUCGUUGUUGAUGUUUUUUAUCUUGGUGGGAGGUGAUGUUUUUCCGUGAAAAUAUCCAAUUGUCAUUUAUUAGAUGAAACAGCUAUAGGCAGAAUUUACUUUUUCUCUAUUGUUGGGCUACAAGAACGAUGUUCUAACUUGAAAAGUUGAGAAUCAGAAAAUGGAAGCUCACGAGAAUGACUAUGUUUCAUUUCCAAUACACGAUGAGAUCCAAGAGAGCGUAGUGUCCCAUGAGGAAGUAUGCGAGCCAUCGGAAGAUUGCAUACUGCCAGACAAUUUGUCAGGAGUGGCAGUAGAAGAGGUAAAUUCAGUAAUAACAGAGGGGCAGGUAGCUGUUGAAAUAUUAACGGAACAUUCGGAUGAAGAGGAGGAAAAAUCGAUAUAUCCGAUUUAUAUAAAACAGGAGGAGCAACAUCAAUAUACAUCUGGAGAUGACGAAUCAAUGGCUGUAGAGGCAUUGCGCCAAUUGGGUGGCAUGUAUCCUUGCUUUGAGGACAAAAAGAUAAAUUGUCCUAAGUGUUCGAGACAAUUCAAUCAAGCGGAAUUUCAAAGUCACAGCGAAAGUUGUACUUCUGGAAAAUUGUGUUGCUCAACUUGUAACGAGCGUUUUGAAAGGAAGCAAGAUUUGAACAAUCACAUGGUUUGCCAUCAAGUAGACAGGCCGCACGCAUGUCGCACUUGCGGCAGUUUAUUUCGUUCGAAAUCUCAUCUCCAGACUCACAUGACGCAAGUACACAAAGCAGAAAAACCACACAAGUGUACCAUUUGUGGCUCUGAUUUUCAUCGUCCUUCGAGUCUCUCGAAUCACAUGAAAAUUCACACUUACGUCGCUGGGAGGGCUCUGGUACAAACAGAAACCAGCAGCCAAUCCGAAAAUGAGACAAGCCGAAAAUGGGGUGAAGACAAUCGGAACACCGGGACUACGGGUGGAUACGAGGUACAUUGGUCGGUGCCAUAUAAUUUUGAUCCUGGAGUUGAGAGCAUUUCUGGAAACCCUGAAAAAAUGGAUACUCUUCAGGAGUUCACGGUGAUGCCUAACGGCGAAGUAACUCAUUUUGAGUAUACCAGCCAAGAGUCUAUCACACCUCCUGUCAAUCGGUAUAACCUUGCUAUAAACAACUUUACCAACUCGGAGUCCUGCGUGAAAAUAGAGAACCUUCCGUUUGCUACGAUCGAUUCCAAGACUUAUCCAGAGUAUGAAACAAGUGACGGCGGCGUAAAGAGCUAUUCUUGUACCCAAUGCGGAGCAAACUUUUCGAAGCCUACCGCUUUAGCUUCUCACGCAAAAACCCACAUGGUGAAAACUUGGUCAAUGCCCAUUGAAUGCCAAUACUGCGACAAACAGUUUCAAGACUCCACUCAUUUGUCCAGUCACCAAACAACCUGUGCUAAAAAAUUGAUGCAAGCAAACUUGGAGAACGGGGUGACCAACGGAAAAUGGGGCAAACACGCUUGCACUGAAUGUGGCAAAAAGUUUACCACCAAACAAAAAAUGUUUCGCCACCAAUGGAUUCAUCGAAAAAAAACUCACGCUUGUGAGAUUUGUGGAUCUCAAUUCGAGAAACAAAAUCAGUUAGACGAGCAUCGAUUGUCUGCUCACCCAGGGGAUUCGCCCUUCACCUGUACCGAGUGCGGCAAGAGUUUUGUCUCGAGACAGGGACUCUGGGAACAUGGACGAACCCACGCCGGAAGCCCAGCGCAUUUUCACUGUGACACUUGCUCCAAAACUUUUUCAUCGAGGCAAGGCUAUCUUAUUCACCAUCGUACUCACACAGGAGAGCGACCGUACGGCUGUAAAUUUUGUUGGAAGGCUUUCCGCGAUGGUGGCACACUGAGGAAGCACGAACGUAUACACACCGGCGAACGGCCUCACGUUUGUCCUUUGUGUUCCCGAGCAUUCAAUCAGAAAGUUGUUUUACGAGAGCACGUUAGAUGGGUGCAUGCGGCUGGCAAAAACGAAACGGAGGUCAGCGGGCCACCUUACCCUUGUCCAUUGUGUGGCUCUCUCAACCAAGAUCGUGAUGAGCUGUGUGCCCACAUCGUCAAACAUUCGGACCAAAUGAUCGCCGAGGCUAAAGCAAAAACUAACAACAACGCGACAAAAACAAAAGCGGCGAAGAAGAGAACGAAACCGAUGACUACUGACAAAUCAGCAAAAGCCGGACACGUCGAAAGGUCUAUUUCUAGGAACGAAGAAGAGGCCGAAGCUCUUCUCUCCAUCCCGACUGACAGUGCAGAAGACGAGGUAGCCCCAAUGAUUCUCAAGGACCAGGAAAUCGAGGAACAACUUCUCCUCGUCACAGGGGACAAAAACCUCGUAAGUAUCUCCUCCAAACAGGAGAAGCGAAACGAUCAGCCCCUUCUCGUACCUGGACAGACCGCCAUCAUCACGAAAAUACGUCAAACGGACGUUCUUCAACUCAUACAAAAUGCCAAACGGAACGAAACUCUUCGCCUUAUUUCCUCUGGCAAACCAAACAACACGCUUCAUCUCAUCACCAAACAAAAUCAAUCAUUGCCCGUCCUUGCUAUCAGAAAUCCUCAGAGUCACGAUAACUUCUCUAGCCAAAUGCCCGAUCCAGUUGAUCCACGAAUCGCCAUCGAUAACGAACACAUCCCCGAUAAUAAUCUACAAGAAGGAUGCCUCAUGGACGACGAAACUUCUCAUGUCAGCGCUGAACAAGUUGCACAAUUGUUUCACCAACAUGAACGACAGGAAAGUGAUAACGACGACGGCGACGAGGAAAUGGUUUGUGGCAUAUGCGGCGAUGAUUUCGAUGAUAAAAAUGUUCUCAUGGAACACGUCAAAAUUCACAUUUAAACAUUUUCUUUCCACCCUCUCAUUCUGUGGUUCUACAAUUUUUUAAUGUUCUUAAGAGUGGAUCACGAGUGUUUUUAUGCUCGUCAUUUUAUUCCAUCAAUAUUCUUGAAUAUUAAAAUUCGAAAGACUUUGGAGUAAUUGAACAAUUUCGAAAUAUGGCGAAUAUUUUGCAAUAAUCAAAUUACCAAACAGUUAUUAGAAAAAACAAAUUUUUAAUCGAACGAUUGCUUGAUAAGUAGUGGAAUAAUUUUUAUUUCCUCGUAUGAAAUUUAUUUACACACUUUUUCCAAUCUCUUAUAAUAUUCCGCUUCUUCUGGAUAUCUCUUCACCACCUUUUUCUGGGUGGCAUUAAAAGCCAUUGCAAAUCGAUGUUUGGAAUGUUCCUGAGGUUACUAGAUAUUUUCGGAUUUUUUACCAAUCGCGAAUUUUCGGAAUCUUUAUUAUGGACUGAAUUGCGUUAAUGGAACAUUACCGGAUGAUAUUUUUGAAUUUUUUUUUCUUAUCGAAGUAAUACGAACAUUGUUGAAUCGUAUUUUUUCAGUUUUUGAACGAAUAGAAACCUUUACGAAGGUAAAUAUUUUCAUGAAAGUCAUGUUGAUUGUUUUCGUAAAAAUAAUCAAAAUCUUUUUAAAAUACGUGCACCCUCAAUGUGAUGAAAUAUUUAUAUACAAAUAUAUGUGAAUAUAAAUUGAUGUAUAUAAAAGAGAUUCUACCGAGUCUCUCGGUAAAACUUGUACUCUUAAUUGAUUUUAAAAUAAUGCAACAGCGUACGCUUUCUUGCACACACUUGAGCGUUUUUUUCGAUAUAGAUGUGUGCGGGUCUAAUAUGUAUGUAAAAAAACGGUUUACAAAAAAUUAUUAUACGUGUUUAAGUAUAUAAUAAAGCAAGAUUUAUAUGUUGUACCGAAAA